UUUUGAAGUGAGCGAGGAAAAAUGGCGACCAUCGCAAUGAAGUUGAACUGGAAUAUUUACAUGACAAUAAUGAAUUUACCGUACAGUCUGGCUAACACAAUUAGAUUAUCUGCUCUUUUAGUUUUAAUACUCACUUUUUCAAUUAGUUAUGGAGAAAACAGCUAUGAAGAUAACGCCUAUGAAUUUCUCAAGCGGGAGUAUUCGCUGAGUAAACCAUACCAAGGACUGGGUUCUGCCAGCUCCUCACACUGGGAGUUGAUGGGAAACACCAUGAUCAUGCCUGAACACAUACGGCUGACACCAGACUCGCAGAGCAGACAAGGAGCUGUGUGGAGUCGUAUUCCCUGUUACAUUAGGGACUGGGAACUGCGAGUGCAAUUUAAGGUCCAUGGUGAGGGUAAGAAGAACCUGAAUGGGGAUGGUCUUGCAAUAUGGCUGACCAAAGAACGAAUGCAAAUUGGUCCAGUGUUUGGAAACAUAAACCUUUUUACUGGUCUGAGUGUUUUUGUAGACACUUAUCCCAAUGAUGACAAGCAUCAUGAGAGAAUCUUUCCUUUCAUCUCUGCCAUGGUGGGGAAUGGUAGUGUUGCAUAUGAUCAUGAACGUGACGGACGGACUACUGAUCUUGGUGGCUGCUCUGCCCACAUUCGCAAUGUAGAACAAGAUACCAUCAUCUUGAUCAGAUACGUGAAAAACAGACUCAUAGUGAUGACAGAUAUAGAGGGGAAGCAAGAGUGGAAGGAUUGUCUGGAUAUCCCUGGGGUGAGAAUCCCACAAGGUUACUAUUUUGGAGUCUCGUCAGCCACUGGAGACUUAUCAGAUAACCAUGACCUGAUCUCCCUCAAGUUGUAUGAGCUAACAGUGGACCACAGUCCUGAAGAGGAAGAGGACCAGCAGGAGAUUACUUUGCCUAGUGUAGACUACAGAGCAGACUUUAAUGUUGUGGUGGAGGAUGAAGGAAAGAGUAUUCUCACCAUCUUCUUUCUCUUCAUUUUCUCCAUCGUUGGGCUGGUCGUUUUGGUUGUGGCUGUUCUAUUUGUAUGUAGUCGCUAUAAAGAAAACCGCCGCAAGCGCUUCUACUAAGCAAACGGAUGAAAGUGUCAAGAAGGAAACGGGAUGAGAGACCCGACAUUAGUGUGACUGGCAUUUUUGCAAACAAUGGAGGGCCGCUUUUGGUCCUCACCCCUGCCACCAACAGAAAGGGUCUGAAAGCCAAAGCUAAACAAAAAUCCAUACCUGACCUCUAAAAGUGUGAACCGACCACCUCAAUUGUGAUUUCACCAUCAUUUCUCAAAAAGUUUUUAGAGUAUUUGAAAGAGUGUAUGUUGUUAGAGAAUGUGUUGUGAAAGACUUUCUUCAUAUUCUUUGUGUGUUCGCUGUAAUUUUGUACCUAACCAGUUACACUGACCUUGGCCUUUGACCCUUACCACUGAAAUGUAUGUGUGAGCAUUUACAGAGGCUGAAUAGUUUAUAACAUUUCUAUAUACUCAGGUUGUCUACUGUAAUACCACUGCGGAAAUACCUAAUAUUGAAUAUUGUUGACCAGUCUAAAAUAAUUAGUUGUUACUGUCAUCUCUUAGCUAUAAGCAUUUAUGCUUUAAUCUUGUGAAUUCGAUUCCCUUUAUUACAUUUUCUUUUCAUCCCUGUAAUGCUGGCCAGCUGUACUGCUCUUAACAGAUAGCAAUAAUCAUCAAUGUGAAAGACAUUUUCCCAAACUAAACUUUUUGUAAUAAAUGUGUACUUUGAUAUGUGUUGUC